CGACGUGAGCCGCUCGACUCUUGGAGGCAACUCUCAAGGCAGAGAGAGAGACAACCACGCAAACAAUAGAGCAACCAUGAACGCUCCGAACCUCGUGUCGCAACCCAGGAUAUGCGGCCUCCUGCCCUUCCCCCCCGUGCCGUUGGACGACGCUCACUCCAGGAGCUACGGCAUCGGCUCCUCGCCCGCCGAAGCUCCGAGCUCGGCUGGAGUCCAACCUGAACCCUGCGAAACUUUCAGGUGCUGCAGCUGCUACGACAACUGGCCUCCUGAGUCUCCGCAUCAGACGCAGCCACCGGUGUCUCCUCCGCAACCGCCACUGCCGCCGCCGCCGUCGCUGGCGGUGGUCGAUUCUCAAGACCAGCAGAUUAAAUCGAUGUCUGUGAUGGACGCUCACAACGUACAACAGCACCAGCGCCAGCAUCAGCACCAGCAGCUGCUCCAGCAGUGGCAGCACCGGCAGUAUCAGCGGCAGUAUCGGGACCAGCAGAAGCGCCGGCAGGUCAAGCCCGAGCAACUCCUCUCGCUGCUGGAGCGCGUGUGCACCAUCCGCAAACCCCACACGAAGCGCCGCAGCCGCCCGCCAGGCCAGACCGGCACGACCAACGCCGCCCACGAGUGGAGCUACCGCGAAACGCCCGAUUGGCGAGCGGCGGUGCCGGUGCCGGCGGCAGCGGCGAGGCGGCUGCCGGAUCUGCUUUCUCAGACGACGACGGCGACGACGGCGACGACGGCGAUGACGCCGGGGUCGCGGCCGCCGCCCGCCGCCACCGAGACGACGACCGCGACGGUCGACCGCAAGCAGACGAGCGUCGGCCGCUACAUGGCGGCCAUGAACCUGGGGGGGGGGCGCCGCUACGACGACGACCACGAUGAAGACGGCGACGAUCGCGACGCCGCGCGGGAAGGCCCGGCCACGGACGCCAACGGCGGGCCCUCGUCAUUCUGGCGGCGCGCCAUCGGGCGCUGCGUUUGCCCGCGGGGGGAGGAGGAGCAGGAGGGGGCCGAUUCGCCCAAGGCGGUGGACAUUCGCUUCACGGAGUGCGGAGAAAUGUUCGUCGAUUUGCGGUGACCGGCCUCCGCGUAUUGGCGUGGCUUCGUCCCCCGGUCACGGGAGAGAGAG